AUGCUAAACGCUGUCGACGCUUCCCUUGCAUCGGUCUCCUGGAGGACAAGUGAGGGAAUCCACACCGAACGACAGCGCCACUCGUGUUCUGCUCCCACUUCUCUUCAUCUUCGUCACGAGGAGCACCCCGCCGGCGAGACGGCCGACGAAUCGCGAUUGACAGGGUCAAGAGCAGAAGCGAGGGGUACAAACUCUUCCAAUAGCUGCCUCGUCAGCUCGUUUCACGUUUGGCAAUCUGUUGGAUUGUCGAUUCGAGGGCAGAAGGCUUACCUCAAGCGAGUUGUCCCGUGUGAAAGAGUUUUUGAUGUAUACAGGGUUGAAAGAUCCUCUUGA